CACACACAAACAGGCUUUGCCACCUUUCCCCAUUUCAGCUGGCAUUCUGCCUAUCGUGAAAUUCAAUCCAGCAACACUCCCUGGUACAGUCCCUGUGACAGAGGGUUGCCCUCCACUGAAGGAGGUUUUCAAAGCAUGAACAGCCAGGAACACAAUAUCCGAUGAAAUCUGAUUCCUUCACUGGAUCUCCCUCUGCAUUUUCUAAAGAUGACUGAUCGGUCCUCAAGCUAGAGAAAUGGCAUGCAGGAAAUGAGACCUUGUGUGUUAAAAGUGUUAAAGUGAGCGACUGUUUGGAAGGUUGUUAAAGGUUACAAAACGCUGACCUCAACAAAUAUAGAAUGUAUUGGGAUGUCCGAACAGCAUUGCACACAUUACUGUACCACAUACAUAUGUUUAGGCCGACAAAACCCUUUCAGCCCGCGAUAUUUCAAGUGAUUAUUAUUAUUACAGUUACUAUUUAUAAUAUUCAUAACGUUUUAAGACAUCUAGUAGAUAUAAAUGUAAACAGCAUAUGACAUAGACGAACAUUGGGGUUUAUUUUCAUCAGUUGCAAUUUGUUCUCUUCUUUGUUCUAGCAAUGCCCUGCGUACAAACCCAGUAUGCAUCCCUGCUGCAUGACAACUACUUCAGCUCUGAGUUCUUAAAUCCUGACCUUAGUGCCAAACUGGUGAUGGACAUCAGUGGACAAAAUGACCAGCUGUCUACAUCUUCGUUGCCCAGCAUCAACACCUUAGUGGGAAAUGGCUAUGUCGGGGAGUUUGAUGCUUAUUCCUGCAAGAUUACCACCUCCCCUCCCACCUCUACAGUUUCAUUCAGCCACGCCGCGGUAGCUGAAAGCUCCUGCCCUCAGAUGCAAAGCCAACCUUUCAAGCUGGAUGAUCUUCAGGUGUAUGGCUGUUACCCAGGUGCCUUUGCGCUGAGCUGCCUUGAUGAAACACUAUCGUCAUGUGGCUCUGACUACUAUGGCAGCCCAGUUUAUGCCGCUGCUUCCCCUCCAAGAUCAGGCUUUCAGGCCCAGUCAGCACCUGUGUGGGAUUCCCCUUUCAGUCCCUACCCCUCAGCCCCCCCAUCCUCCAUGGGUGAUAAGUGUGCCAUGGCCCAGCAGCUCUCCUUUUUCACUUUUGGCAGCCCCGCAUCAGAGCAGCAUUCUCCCCUAGGGCAGCAUCAGGAUGCUCAGCCAGGCCAUGAUGACCAUUUCUUCCUGCCUACUCAGCAGCAUGUCUCUCCACAUCAUUGUCCACCCAUGUCCCUGGAGCACGGACCCCUGGAAAGCCCUAGGAUAGUAGAGGGGGCCAUGACAUCUCCUAAAACCCACAACUCCGGAUCCAGUGAGGGCCGCUGUGCAGUUUGUGGUGACAAUGCAUCCUGUCAGCACUAUGGAGUCCGCACCUGUGAGGGCUGCAAAGGUUUCUUCAAGCGAACUGUACAGAAAAAUGCAAAGUAUGUGUGCCUCGGCAAUAAAGACUGUCCUGUGGAUAAGAGGAGGAGGAACCGCUGCCAGUUCUGCCGUUUCCAGAAAUGUCUGAGUGUGGGAAUGGUAAAAGAAGUUGUUCGCACAGACGGCCUAAAAGGUCGCCGGGGUCGUCUGCCCUCCAAACCCAAGACUGUGGCCGAGGCUUCAUCCACAACCCCGAGUGUCAACAUCGUAGCCUCUCUUGUCAGGGCUCAUCUAGACUCAAACCCAACCAUUGGAAAGCUUGACUACUCCAAGUACCAGGAGACUGUGGUCAACCUGAAAGAAAAGGAGGAAGCCGGUGAUAUCCAGCAGUUUUAUGACUUGCUGACUGGUGCUUUGGAUGUAAUAAGAAACUGGGCUGAAACCAUCCCAGGAUUUACAGAUUUCUGCACAGAGGACCAGGAGCUGCUCCUUGAAUCAGCUUUUGUUGAGCUCUUCAUUCUGCGACUUGCAUACAGGUCAAAUCCAGAGAAGGACAAGCUGAUCUUCUGUAACGGUUUGGUCCUCCACCGACUGCAGUGCAUUCACAGUUUUGGUGACUGGAUUGACUCCAUUAUGGAUUUCUCUCAGAGCCUUCACCGCAUGAACUUAGAUGUCUCCUUGUUUUCCUGUCUUGCAGCGUUAGUUAUUAUCACUGAUCGCCAUGGCCUUAAAGAGCCCAAACGGGUCGAGGACUUUCAGACUCAUCUCAUCACAUGUUUAAGGGAACAUAUGAGCGGAAACGGCUCAGAAACGAGUCGGACCCAGCCCAACUAUCUUUCUCGUCUUCUUGGCAAACUCCCUGAACUGAGGACCCUGUGCACACAGGGCCUACAGCGCAUCUUCUACCUGAAACUGGAGGACCUGGUCCCUCCUCCACCAAUAGUGGAAAAGAUCUUCAUGGAUACUCUGCCAUUCUGAAAAAACAUGAGCACAAAUGUGUUAUUUGUAAAGAUGAUAGACUCAAAGCACCAAAUGCGAGGUUUUAUCAUUGGACUCUACUGGUGAACCUCCUUCUAUCACACUGAUUUGGGUGCUGAAAAAUGUCUGACAUUGUUCAAGAGACCAUUAUUUUUCUAACAAGAAGUUUAAAAAAGGAUUAUGGUACAUCUGUGAGUACCGCAUCAAGAUGUAUUUCAGUUCAAUGAAACAGGACAGGACACUGUUUAUACAUAUUUGUGUGUGCAUUUGUAAACUGACUUUAUUGCUGUGCCGGAUGUGCGAAUGUUGUGUUGCUAUGCAGCUAGUAAGCCAUGGAUAUUUGGAGAGAUGCAAUGCAGUGUUAAAUACUCAGCUUUUCCUAAAAUCAAAAGAAACACACUCUCUUAAAAAAACCAGUGUUUAAAGUUUGUUUUUGGUCGCACUAAGAAGCUGAGAUAGUAGACUAUUUAGUUGGAAAAAGCAGCCAGAAUCAUACAUCCUGUUUCUUUAAAGAACUGUGGAGUCCUUAUUUUCAAAAGGGAAUUAUCUACUAAUUUCUUUUGUAUUGGAAAAGAUAGUUCUAGUCCUAAGUGUGCUCCUGUGGAAGGUCUCGGACCAAAGUUUACUCCUAUUUUGAUACUACCACUCAAAAACCUUAUUGCCUUAAGCUAAGCAAAUGUUCUGCCAUAACUGCAAACUGCCAUUUUACAACAACUUGUAAAGGCUGAUGUUGGCAGCGUUACCGUUGAACUGCAUGUCGCUGUAACGACACACUUAUUGAACAACAAAUUACUAAAUUCAAAGUGCCUUUUAUCAAGCCUCACUCUUUCAACCAUAAUAUGUGACAGUAAAUUAAUUUUCAUUCCAAAUAUCCCAUACAGCAAGUCCGAUUUCAGUGUCACCGUCAACAUUUAAUGAUUAUUUGAAUAUGAUUUCCGGUCAGUGCCAGAUUUUGAUAUGAAGUGCCUGAGAAGAGUGAUUGUUAAAACACAAAAAACAGUUACUUCAACUUAGACCUUGUACUGCUAAACUGGGAAGACAUCAAGGGUUGACAGGUGGUUUAGGAUCAACAAGUACUACAUUCUGUUCACAUGAUCCUGUGACAGUGAAAUUCAUAACUGCAGCAAAGCCAGUUUAAGAUUAAAUUAAUUGAAGCACGUUUCCUAGUCUCCAUUUAUCCACAAUCAGAUACAGUAUACCUUUUAUAAAAUUAGUUUUUUUAUGAUCUUCAGCUGCAAAUACACCACCCUGCAUGUGUCUGUGAAGCUCCCUGACUGUCUCCCACAUUCUUCUCAGUUGGGCAGUUUUUAAAUAUUAUAUAUAUAACUAAAUAAAAUCUUAACGAAUCACAAAUGUGAUGAGAAGAUGAGCAGCUAAGAACACUUACCCAAACAGUGUUCAAACCCUUCUUUUCUUGUACUGUUUAUUGUUUGGGACGUAUGUGUGUGUGUGGACUUUGAAAAAUACUGCCAGGGCUUUCGUAAAAUUAAAGAGAAUAUUUGAUACUAAAAACAUUUUUCAAAAUACAUCAUUGACCUGUGCCAUGUUUGUUUCUUCAAAUAUAUAUUUGGUUUCCUCUGAGUUUUAAAGGACAAAUUCUAUAAAAAUGAUUGUGUUCCAUU